AUGCCGAUUGAGGCCCUCCCCCCAGCCACAGCCAGGGCAAUCGGAUCUACAUCUGUGAUCGCAGAUGCUUGUUCUGUGGUCAAGGAACUCAUCGACAAUUCUUUGGAUGCUGGUUCAUCUUCAAUAUUGAUUGAAAUCUCGUCAAACACCGUGGAUCUGAUACAGCUCAAGGACAACGGACAUGGAAUCCCAGCUGAGGACUACCCAUACGUGUGCAGGCACACAUAUACCAGCAAGAUUCAAACUCUCGAUGAUCUAAAAAAUGUCGGCGGGACAUCCUUCGGCUUUCGUGGUGAGGCAUUGGCCAGCGUGGCUGACAUGUCUGGUGGCAUCACCAUCACCACCCGUAUUGCUUCAGAAGUUACCGGGUCGUGUCUGAAGUACGAAAGGGACGGGCAAUUAUCCCAGUCCCAGCCGGCAUCUCACCCGGUCGGCACGACUCUGCGUAUUGUUCACUUUCUCAAGCACAUUCCUGUCCGCAGACAGUUGGUCUUGAAGAAUGCUACCAAGAUCCUCACGAAAAUCAAAAGGCUUAUUCAAGCUUACGUCAUUGCUCAGCCAUCUAAAAGGUUCUCGUUGAAAGUUCUUAAAGCGAAAAAUGAAAAUCAGAACUGGAUGUAUGCACCAAGUGCUGAUGCGACACUCUCCGAUGCGGCCGUCAAGACUUUCGGUCGAGAGUUAUCAUCGUGUUGUGUGAUCAAAAAGCUUUCACAUGAAUCUUCAGCAUUGCAAAGUGACCUAAAUAAAUAUAUAUAUGACAUUGUGGCUUUUCUUCCACGCCCAGAUUCAGGUACAGUAAUAUCCAUCGUCGACUGCUCAGGCGACAUGCUGACCUUGGCAGACAUCUCCAAAAUCAAUAACUCGGGGCAAUACAUCAGUGUUGAUGGGCGGCCAUUGUCUGCUACCGCGGGCAUUGGUCAGGAAAUUGCAAGACUCUUCAAAUCUUACAUCCGUGCUAGCGUGUCAAAACAUGCAGUAACGAGGUCGAUCAUCGAUCCUUUUCUGUGUCUCCAACUUAGCUGUCCACGGGGCUCAUAUGAUGUUAACAUUGAGCCAGGUAAAGAUGACGUUCUCUUCGAGGAACGAGACCUUGUAGUUUCCCUGGUCGAGGAUCUAUUCAGUGACCACUAUGGACCACUCGAGAAUCCUCAGCCAAAAAGUCCAGUGAAAGGCAAAUCUUCCCGUGCCAAAAAGAGCGAUGGAUUUGAUAUCAUGUUGGCUCGAAGACCCUUGACCGACCCCUCCACGAAAUAUAGGCAGAUGGGGGAGAACCCCGUUCAGUCUGCUGUCAUCCAGGGGACUCCACAUUCGGAAGUUCAGUCUCAAACAGCCACUUGCAUAAGUCAAUCCAGUCAAGAAGCAGCAACGCGCUCAGCAUCAACUGGAAGACCUCAUUCUAUUAACCCUUGGUCUGUCACGGGUAUGAAUGCAUCACUACGCACCCCAAGAAGGGAGCUUGCUCCUCAGCCCAUUAGUCCAGAACUUGCAUGGGCUGGCUCAUCGUCGGAGAAUAUUUCCCCGACCAUGCCCCACAGACAUGACCAACGAUCACUCCCUGAGAGUCCCGAACUCAUAAGUCCCCCUAUCUCACGGCUAGUAUCAACAUCUCCUAUCAACCAGCAACGGCAGUCCCAAAUACAAGAGUCACAAGGCUCUCCAACUCAGACAAACUCAAUAAGUAGUUCCAGAAAGGCGGCAAGACAGCGUGAUAAAGAACGCUAUGGCAAUGGGGCGCUCGACACCUGGUUUACCCGGACUACGCAACUCUCUCCCGGCGAAGAAUCAAUGGAGCUGACUGCACAAGAGGAAGCCAUUCCAACUAUUUCCCAGCUUGCCCGUGAGAGGUUCGGGACUCAGUCUACGGAUCUCGAACGUGACAAUGCGGUCGACAAGGACAGUUCUGGACAAAAGGAGAAUGUAUCAGAAGAUCAGUCGCCUCCAACAUCUCAACAGGAGCAAACCACCGGUGAAGCUGGUUAUCAAGGCUCCAUGGACAGUGGUCGGGGAUUCCCGGUUCUGGAGAGGUGGGCCGCCAAUCUUCGAGAAGGAUUCAAUCCGGAUAGUCAUUCAGAGAUUGAAAAAGCUCUUGAUUUUGAGAGACGCAAGAAAGAAGCGAUUCAAAAUUACCGCGCCCGCCAGGCCACCAAUAAUACGUCAUCAAGCUCCCAAGCUAGUUCUCAUGGGCCGCAUCACAAUCGGUAUCUGAAGGCAAAGGCUGCUUUGGCAUCAGAUCGUCCAUUUGCUGCAGAAGCAGAUCACAUCGGCUCUUUUCCUCCUAACGACCCAAGAGAGUUUCUUAUUCGCCAAAAUGCUCGAGGUUUGGCUAAAGAUGACAGCAAGAUCCGGCGGAUUCCUAGCAAGAAAUUGCCUUUCGAAAAUAUACCCGAAGGGUACGAUGUCCAUGAUCUUGGUUUAUCCAUAUCAUCUGAUUUAUCGCAUGUGAAAAGGGUUUUCAAUAUUAUGACUCCGCAUGAUUCUUAUACGCAUGACAGAAAGGACGAUAAACUUUCCGCAUCUGUUGUGGAAUCGCAAGCGCCAGCCUGGAAUGUUAGACUUAAUGCCAUGAUCAAGAAGAGACACGACGCUAGGAAGGAGCCACGACCAGCUGAUUUGAAGAUCGAUGUUCCUGCCUUCCUUGAUCAUCUCAAGCUUUUUGAUUCCUAA